AUGUCCAAGGGAAAAGUUUGUCUUGCAUACUCUGGUGGUCUCGACACCUCUAUUAUUUUGGCCUGGUUGCUAGAACAAGGCUACGAGGUUGUGGCCUUCAUGGCCAACGUGGGUCAAGAAGAAGACUUUGAAGCAGCUGAAAAGAAGGCUCUCGCCAUCGGUGCUACCAAGUACGUUUGCGUCGACUGCAGAGAGGACUUUGUCAAGGACGUGUUGUUCCCAGCCGUCCAGGUCAACGCUGUGUACGAAGACGUUUAUCUAAUGGGUACCUCGUUGGCCCGUCCCGUGAUUGCCAAGGCCCAAAUCGACGUUGCCGAACAGGAGGGCUGUUUCGCUGUGUCGCACGGCUGUACCGGUAAAGGUAACGACCAGAUCCGUUUCGAGCUAGGCUUCUACGCUCUAAAACCAGACGUGCACGUCAUUGCCCCAUGGCGUGAUCCAGCGUUCUUCGAGCGCUUCGCUGGUCGUAAGGACUUGCUAGACUACGCCGCCGAAAAGGGCAUUCCUGUGGCCCAAACCAAGGCCAAGCCUUGGUCCACCGACGAAAACCAGGCCCACAUCUCGUACGAGGCCGGUAUUCUAGAAGACCCAGACACUACUCCUCCAAAGGACAUGUGGAAGCUCAUCACAGACCCUGAGGACGCCCCAAACACCCCACAGGACCUAACCAUCACCUUCGAAAAGGGUAUCCCGGUCAAGCUCGCCUACUCCGAAAACGGUGUCGCCAAAGAAGUCACCAAGCCAUUGGACGUGUUCUUGGCCGCGUCCAACUUGGGCCGUCAAAACGGUGUUGGCCGUAUCGACAUCGUCGAGGACCGUUACAUCAACCUCAAGUCACGUGGCUGCUACGAACAGGCUCCACUAACGAUCUUGAGACGCGCACACGUCGACUUGGAAGGUCUGGUUCUCGACAAGGAAGUUCGUUACUUGCGUGACCAAUUUGUCACUCCUACCUACUCCCGUCUGAUGUACAACGGUUCCUACUUCACCCCCGAGUUCGACUACAUCAAGGGCAUGAUCGCUCCUUCGCAGACCUGUGUCAACGGACAGGUCCGUCUCAGACUGUACAAGGGUAACGUCAUCGUUCUAGGAAGAUCGUCCGAGACUGAAAACCUAUACGACCCCACCGAGUCGUCGAUGGACGAGCUAACAGGUUUCCUACCCACUGACACUACCGGCUUCAUCGCGAUCCAGGCGAUCCGUGUUAAGAAGUACGGUGAGUCCAAGAAGGCCAAGGGAGAAGCACUCACUUUGUGA